AUGACCGAGACGGCGCCGUUGUUCGUGGCGCAGGAAGCACUGUGCUACUACCCAGUAAGCACGAUCUACGACUCGUGCCCACGUUUCCUGUUUUAUGCUAUGCUUCUUGCCAGUUGCGCCACUAGAUGGACUGGGUGGCUGGUCGAUGUUUUCCUGGGUGCCGCCGCAACGUAUGCAGGUACUGCGGCCUUUCAGUCUUUCAUCCUCGUCGCAAGCCCAGCCAAGCGACCGGAUCCAGGACGAGUAGAUAUUCCUUAUAUUUCAUCAGCUACACAGAAAAAUGAUAUAAGAUUGUCAUCCGAUAACUUCCCAGCACUCGCAACAAAUACCGACUACGUCACGGUCCAGCCGGCAGCCCUCGAGCUCGACGCCGAUGCAAUCCUCGCUAUCGUGGUGACAGGAUAUCUGGUUUUCCUGCCAUUGCAAUGCUGGUCUCGCAUUCUGAGCCACGGUCGUGCACGAACCCUUCUGUUCUCUCUGUGGAAUGUCUUGAUGCUCGCUGGUGCUAUAUGCGCACUAGUUUACUGGCCAACGCUAGAACGGACUCCGACCCAGUACAUGUUCUGCUAUCCCGACUUGCCUCCUUACGAUCAGACGAUCAAUGACGGAUGGGAGAGCUCGUGGAAAACUUCAACAUGGAACGAAAGUGUAUGGAGCAUCUUCUCCAAUGCGACCAAGUUUAAUCAGCUCGGCGAUCUCUGUUACAACACUUGUUUCAACACGAGCCAGAUCCUGAGACAACAAACCACCUUAUCAUCACAAGUCGUUGCUUCUGGAGAUGAUCAACAGGGAGAUGGCACCUUCUGGUCUAGAGUGAUCUAUUCUAAAAGCUACAUAUAUACAUUAAUCGCCCUCUGUUUCGUUUUAAAUUUUCUUUUGAUGAUAUUCAAACUGAUUCCCUACAAUUCGCGAAUACGAUAUAUUCAGCCGGUUGCUAUAUGGAGAGAAAGAAGGGAGAUCUACGGCGACUUGAAAUCAAAGUUUUGGCGAGCCGUUGCAGCAUCCAAGCCACAGAAUACCAACCACGAAGUCCAAAAUGAGCAGCAUAAAAUAAAACUCUCCAAUACAUGGAGGCAUAUCCGUCCACUGCUCGGCAUCGAAUUUCUGAAAACAUGGUUGGAUUUCAUAAUCGACGUGGCUAUUCUGGUAGGAUUAUUGUUCAGCAUAAUCAUCAGUCCUCUGACAGUAAUUGCCUUUGUCAUCUGGAUUGAAUGGUACAUUCGCAACGACGGCCCAUCUCAGGAAAGUCCGCAGCAGGUCGGCCAAUGGAGCUACCUUCUCUCUAUCGGACUUCUCUUGAUAUCAGCAGCUAUUUUGAAGCUCAAAUAUCGGCUGGCUUCACAAAAGGAGCUCGAUUACGAACUCGACGAAACUAGGCGACACCUGGAAGAACUGCAAAAGAUCAGAACUGAAAAAUUUGGACAUUCUUGCGGACCAACCGAUUUUAAUGUAUAA